UCAGACAACUCCAUUUCUAUGCACUCACUCCACUCUCUCUCUCUCUCUCUAUGCGAUCUCUUGUGAUAAUCUGAAUUCACACUCACAACACAAGCACUUGAAUUAUUACGGCGUAGUCCUUAAGCAUUCGGGGGCUAGGGAUUUUUUUAAACUCCGUACACUCAAUUUUGGGAUAGAUUAUGCUGAAUGUUUGUUGGUUCGCUCUAGGGAUGUGAGAGAGCUGCCAAGUUGAGAAAAUAUGCCUUCAUGGUGGGGAAAGUCAUCGUCAAAUGAAGCGAAAAAGAAGUCUACCAAGGAAAGUUUCAUUGACACAUUUCAUAAGAAGUUCAAGAGUCCCGAAAGUAAAUCAUCUGGUAAAUCAGCAGGGUCUAGAAGACGUUCAAGUGACAUUGGUUCAGAAAGAGGGACUCAGUCACGUGCUCCGUCGAGGUCUCCAUCACCUUCCAAGAAUGUCGCGCGAUGUCAAAGUUUUGUGGAAAGGCCUCAAUCACAGCCACUUCCUGUGCCAGGCCUCCGCCCAGCCAAUGUUAGUCGUACUGAUUCUGGAAUAAGUGAAACAGCAAAACCAAAACCAAAACCAGAAAAGUCCAAACCAUCAUUAUUUCUACCUCUGCCCAGGCCUGCAUGCAUCCGUCAGAGACUGGAACCUGCUGAAUUGGAUGCUGAGUUGGCUGUUGCUUCAAUUUGUAGUGAGUGUUCUAUUGAGAGUGAUGAUCCAGUUGAUUCACGUCAGCGAAGUCCUCUCGCAAAUGACUAUGAUAUUGGGUGCAGGACUGCUGCAGGCAGCCCCUCAAGCAUUUCUCUUAAGGAUCAGGCUCCUGUAGCACCAAUAAUUUCUAAAGUCGCACCUGUUCCUGUAAACCUUUCCUCCAAUAAACAUCUGAACUCUUCACCACCAAGAAGGCAGCGACAUUUGAAUGGUCACAUGGCAAAUUUACAAGUUCCGCAGCAUGGUGCCUUUUCCAGUGCUCCAGAUAGCUCAAGGUCAAGUCCUUCUAGAAGUCCAAUGAGAGCCUCUGGUUAUGAGCCAGUUGCAAAUACUGUUUAUACAACUGGGAAGCUUUACACUGAGUUUCCUUUUCUUGGAUCUGGCCAAUGCUCACCUGGGUCAGGUCAGACUUCGGGCCAUAACUCAAUGGGAGGAGAUAUGUCGGGGCAAUUAUUUUGGCAGCCCAGUCGAGGGAGCCCAGAAUAUUCUCCAAAUCCUAGUCCUAGAAUGACAAGUCCUGGCCCUAGUUCCAGAAUUCACAGUGGUGCAGUGACACCACUUCAUCCUAGAGCUGGAGGGGUACAUGCCGAGUCUCAGGGUAACUGGCCUGAUGAUGCGAAACAACCAAGUUAUGCUCUGCCACUUCCUCCCAUAUCAGUUUCCAAUUCGUCACCAUUCUCUCAUCAAAAUUCAGCUGUGACGUCGCCUUCUGUGCCUCGUAGUCCUGGAAGAACAGAGAAUCUAACAAGCCCUGGCUCACGCUGGAAGAAAGGGAGGUUGCUUGGUCGAGGCACAUUUGGGCAUGUGUAUGUUGGGUUUAACAGUGAAACUGGGGAAAUGUGUGCCAUGAAGGAGGUUACAUUAUUUUCUGAUGAUGCAAAAUCGAAGGAAAGUGCAAAGCAGUUGGGACAAGAGAUCAUGCUGUUGAGUCGCUUGAGACAUCCUAAUAUUGUGCAGUAUUAUGGAUCUGAAACGGUAGGGGAUAAAUUAUAUAUAUAUCUGGAGUAUGUAUCUGGUGGUUCCAUCCAUAAGAUUCUUCAGGACUAUGGAAAACUAGGAGAAUCAGCCAUCCGCAGUUACACCCAGCAAAUUUUGUCAGGGCUUGCAUAUUUACAUGCUAAAAACACUGUGCACAGGGAUAUUAAAGGAGCCAAUAUACUCGUGGAUCCAAAUGGCCGUGUUAAGCUGGCAGAUUUUGGGAUGGCAAAGCAUAUUACAGGGCAUUCUUGUCCUUUAUCUUUCAAGGGUAGUCCUUACUGGAUGGCACCUGAGGUUAUUAGGAAUUCAAAUGGAUGCAGCUUAGCUGUUGAUAUAUGGAGUCUCGGAUGCACUGUUAUAGAAAUGGCGACAUCAAAGCCACCUUGGUCCCAGUAUGAAGGGGUUGCAGCUAUGUUCAAGAUUGGAAAUAGCAAGGAACUUCCAACAAUUCCAGAUCACCUCUCAGAUGAAGGGAAAGACUUUGUGAGGCUAUGCUUGCAGAGGGUUCCACAGAAUCGCCCUGCAGCUGCUCAACUUUUGGAGCACUCUUUUGUGAAAAAUGUUGUGCCUCUAGAGAAACAAAUACCUGGUCCAACCUCCUCAGAUCAUCCUCCAGUGCCUAAUGCUUCAAAAUCUGUGUCUUCAUGUGUGCUGCUAAAGGUCCUCAAAGUUUGGUGUCUGAAGGGCAAGGGUAACACAAGAAGUCUUCAGCAACCAGAUACAGAGAGACUGUCUAUCCAUUCAUUUCGAGUUUCAAAAUCCAAUUUCCAUUCUAGUAACAUGUACAUUUCAAGGAACAUAUCAUGUCCGGUCUCUCCAAUUGGGAGUCCUCUUCUACAUCCAAGGUCGCCUCAACAUCUAAGUGGAAGAAUGUCUCCUUCACCUAUAUCAAGCCCCCGCACGACUUCCGGUUCAUCCACACCUCUUACUGGUGGUAUUGGUGCCAUCCCAUUCCACAAUCAGCCUACGUUAUCGCAGGAGGGUUAUGGGAAUGGAAACUUGCAGUUGCCCCCGCGCAGCCACUCUUACUGGGAUCCAGACAUUCUCCGAGGUGCACAGUCAGGAUCCCAUGCUUUCCGGGAACUGACAUCCUAUGAUAAUGAUGCUCUUGGAAAGCAAUUCGUAAGGACUGCGAACGGAGAACUUUAUGAUAAACAGUCGGUGUUGGCUGAUCGCGUGUCUCAGCAACUCCUCAGAGAUCCACCCAAGCUAAAUCAGUCACCGGAUCUCUCCCCUUCAGCUGCAUCGCAGUGCCACCGUACACCUGGAUUAUAGCUUUAUUCAUUAUCGACAAGAUUAGGAGUUAGGUGGUUGAGCAGUCACUUUUUUUUGGCACACUAUGCAACCAACCAUCACCCAUUGUUUUAUUUGUUGAGGAUGCUAUUUUGAACAGCAGAGAUGACGAUGCUGAGCAACUUGCUUUUGCAGCACUUACUGUCACACAAAAUCACCCCCGCCCCGCCUGUCUAUUCCCACCAGAGUCGCCACUGGUUCACCCCAAAACGACGAGUGAGCUUCCAGACGACGAUGCAUCUUCUAGAAAGUUCGUGUCCUAAUAUGAGACUUUGACAUGUAACUGACUGGUCCUUGCUAGAGCUAGUGAGAGGUUGGUUGGCCUGGGGAUUACAGCUUCGAUUGUAUAGUCAUUGUUAAAUCUUUAGUCUUGCGAAAAAAAAUGUAUAUUCACAUUAUUGAAUAGAAGGGUAGCAAUUAUCACCCAGAUGAUAAUAGCUGUAGAACUAUUUAUAUUACAGUAUGCAAUUGUUACUGCACUAAGAGAAAAUGGAGAUAUAACAAAUCCAGAUUUGCAUCAA